CCGCGAUAAACUAGCAAAACAAAAACAAACGAAUUUUUGAUAUCAUUGCCCAAAAAUCGCGAAUAUCCAAAAAAAAUUCAAAAAACUCGUUAUAAAAUGGCAGGGAACUUGGACAACAAUAUAUUUCGUAAAUCUGGACGGAAAAAAUGGACGUUAUUUCGAGGUUCUAGAGGUUUAUUUCAAAGAGUCGGUACCGAAAUGGCCGAAGAUGGAUGUCCCGAUGCUCAGUUCAAAUUAGCCAAAGAUUUAAUAGAGAAACCUUGUGAUUCGCCAGCUGAAGAGAAAGAAAAUGCAACAGAAGGUGUAUAUUGGUUACUCAGAGCUUCGGAGCAAGGACAUGUAGAAGCAACCGAAUUACUCAAACAAUGUUUAGAAGAAGGAAAAGGAAUUACCGAACAUAACAUCAGCGAAGUAAUCGAAUGUCUAGAAACAACGAGAAACGAAAAAAUCUCAGUCAAAGCAAUCAAGGAUCUCUUUAUGAACUUCUCCGAAGGCGAAGAAUUCAUCACAAGUAACCAGCUUUUAUCGAAAUUACGCGAAGUCGAACAGAUAGAAAAUACCAAAAAACUACCUCAAAUAGAAGCUAAUCGUAAUCAAGUAGAAGACUGGAAAGACAGAAUAGACCAACCCAGCGGUCACAAACUAACCGAAGAUGUCCUAGUCUCAGCAGCUCGAACAUAUGCUCGAGGCGAACUACCAACCAUCAGUCAUUCUUUGGUGUUGCCCGAACGAAGCAUAUGUAAUUUAAAAUACGUAAAUUCUGUUUUCAAACUAUUCCUAUUUCCAUUGACCUUUUCACGUUUUUACUCGUACUUAUUAUCGUUCAAUCCGCGUCUCUUAUUGUCGCUAUUUUACGUAUCCCCAGCUCACCUGAAAAUAUUCCUAUUUAUCAUAGUCUAUCAAACGUUUAAAUUCGAAGCAAUUUUUUCCGCAUUACCGAUGCUCGUAUUUUACUCAUCGUUUCUAAUAAUGAUCGCGGCCACUUGUCAAAUGCUCAAGUAUCGCAAACGACUUCGACAUUUCCGUUGCUGGUCUAAUCUAUUUCUGCUCUACGGAGGCGAGAGUUUUUCACCGGAGGAGGCGGAAUUCUUGCAUUGUCGUAAUGGCGUAUCUGCUUAUGGAUUUUACUUCGUAUUUCUUCUAGUCAAUCUAUUCAUUCAGUCUUUUACCCCGGUACAGUCGUAUUUUCAAGCCGAGGUUACAUUUACAUCGUUCCUAUUCACUAUUCUAACGUUGUUUGCGUUCACUUUUACCAAAUCCAGAUAUAUAAGCGGUCACAAAAGCAUCGAUUAUGUGGGACUAUUUUCGUUCAUGUUGCAUAUUUUGGCCAAAUACCCUUACGAAACAGAUUCGGUAGUGGGAAAGGGCUGGAGGUUUUUGGAUUUGCAGAUACCAACGUUCGCAUCUUACGUCGUAGGGAAUGGAGUGGAAUUCUGCUUGAAUUUUCGUGCCAUAUUCUACCUAAUCAUACCAGCGGUGCUUUUGAAAAUGGCUGCUAGACAUAAUUGGCGAGGAAUCUACACCGAUUUCAUACCGCAUUGUGUAACUUUAUCGUGGUGGCAGUUGACGUUAAUUUAUGCCCAAGAUGCAACAUGGUAUUCUCUCAUCAGACCAGCUUUGGCAUUAGUAGGAGUAGUGUUCUUCUUGCCAUUAACCGCUCUCACAGCUCUCCUCCUUCCUCUGUACACGGUUUACGAGUACAUCAUCAACAAUCAAGAAUUAUGGACCAUGGGAGCUACUAUUCUAGCAGCAUUAACAAUACCAGUGCUGACUUUGAAACGAAGGAUCACCGGUAAAAUCACCAAGUUUUUCACAGCAUUACAAGUAAUCCUUUCGGUCAUCGGUAUAAUUUAUUUCUUACAAAAGAACAAUAUCAACUUAGUUUCAACGUAUCAAGAAGUUAUAACCGGUGAAACUUCGUACGUAGAUGUAUCAGAAUUCACAUCGUAUUGCAGCUCAUUCCAGACAGUUUACACGGAUAUUGGUAGAGUAGAAAGAGAACUCACAUGCUCCCAGCUGUCAGGGUUACCGGUGCAUUGGAAAGGGAAAGUUAAAAGGACCAAGAUACGAAACAUUCAUAAUCCUUUAACUUCGUUUAGUAAUAAGUUGCCAUCGUUCAUAUCAAAACACUUCAACUGUUGGUUCGGCACUGAAUACCCUCUUUGUAGCGAAUCGUUUCGGUUAUCGUUUUGUAAAACGCUAUCGUCAUCUUGCCAUCUGGGUAAUUGGAAUAACUACGAGUUCGAAGUCGCUAUAGAAAUCAACGUCAACGAUGAAUAUAUACUCCCAGCAUCUCUCAUAGCUAGUCACACGUUUUAUAAUUUUACUCGUAGGUUGAACGCCGAAGAUGAUAUCAUGUUUAUUGGGAAACUAAUGCCAAAUGAGAAGGGUAUCUUGAACUCAACUUUCCCUCAAAUUGAGCUCAACAGUAUCGCUUGUAUAUCCUGUUUAGAUACAGAAUUGACCGAAAAAUCCGAUAAAAUUACCAUUACGGAUUCAUAUUUUUAUAAUUUCAUUAAAUAUUUAUUAAAUUUUCUAUUUAAUCCGUUAAUUGUUUUCAAAUAAUUGUUCUCGUUUCGUGUUUCACGUUAUUAAUUUUAUGGUUGUAAUUUUUCAUCAUUGUAUUUAUUAUUAGUUCUCCUUAAUUUUUAUGUAAAUAAACGAAUUACAGACUGGUUAACAUAAUUAAAAAUAUUGUUCCUUGUUACCUUA